CGUCGAUGCAGGCUCCCCUCCGGAGAAAUCACCAAGAGAGGAAUUAUGGCCUGUUGCAUCCCCGGAUGAAUUUCUGAAUCCACUUGUCUCGUGUUUCUUUUUCUUUUUGUUCUCGAACCUCUUGAGGAUCGUCUCCUUCGGCCGGUGAACAUCUCAAAUACGACCGGCAAACUGCAGGGAUGUCGCAAACAGACAGCAGCAACGACUUCAUCGCCGGCGCCCCUGCCGACCCUGCCGACAGACAAAACCUCCCCAAUGAGAACGGCAGCGCAGAUGGACUCGAGUACGACGAUACCAACGCCCCCGACGGAUCUGCCUACUCCCUCCUCAUGGACUAUCCCGACGAACCCGACUACUACGCGCUGCUGGGCCUCUCGCGCACGCCCGCGCCCUCAGAGUCGGAGAUCCGGUCCGCCUUCCGUUCCCGCACCCUCAGCUUCCACCCGGACCAUCAGCCCACGCAGUUGCAGGAUGCGGCGGCCCGGCAUUUCGAUCAGUUGCGCGUGGCGUCCGAGACGCUGCUGGAUCCGCACAAACGCACCGUCUAUGACCUGUUGGGCGCGGAGGGCGUGAGGCGCGAGUGGGCGCUCCGAGGUGCUAUGGGGAAGUUUGGAGAGGCCCGGAAGCAGCAGGUCGGCGUGCGGGCGAUGAGUGCCGCGGAGUUUCGGGCGUGGUUUCUGGAGACGAUGAAGAGGAGGGAGAGGCGUGCCGUGGAGGGCAUGGUUAGCAGUCGGGGCGCGUUGACGCUAGGCAUUGAUGCCUCUUCUAUGAUUACCCUCGACGAGGAGGAGGAAAUCGCCUAUUUCGCCUUGGAGACUCCGCGCAUCGCCAACUUCGACCUGAAGUAUUCGUUCAAGGCGCCCUUUCCGUCGCCGCGCGUUUUGCUCGGGGACGGGGAGAGGGACGACGAUGACGAGAAGGAACUUCCCUCUGAGGAUGGAGGAGCUGCGACGCAAGGCGGCCAGUCGCCGUAUGAAUCGGGUGGUUUGGAUAUGAUGAUCCAUACUGGUAUCGCGGGCCAGCUCCAGCCCGUUUCGCGCAAGUAUACCCUCACCAUGGAGGAUGACUCCGAGGAGGUUCACGAGGUUGCCGAACCUCCGAUUCUCGCUGCGCGAGACUUGAUCCUGGGUGCAAGUGUAUCUCGUGUCUUUGGAGACUUCGCGGGCUCCAAGGGCAUUCUCGGUUGGAAACCCUUUUCGUUCUUCAGUUACUCGGGAGUCUCAGCGACUGCGAUGCUUUUGCCGGUCCCCUCGAUCGAGACGAAGUUGGUCAAGGCCGUCCAGCCAAUUCCAGGCACGAAGCCGUUCCGGGUGAACUUGAGCACCACGUUACUGCACUCCGUUUUCAGGUGUCCACCUAUAGUGGGAGUGCAGGUUGUCAGGGAGAUUGGCGACGGGAAGCACAGCUUCUGUAACUGGUCAAGUGGCAUCGUUCCCUGGCCGGAGACAUUGAAGGUCCUGCUGGCUCCGUUCGGCAAUUUCGACAUGGACGUGCAAACAGCACUGUUCCCCGGAAACCCGGGAAGCCAUUUCGAGUUCGGCUUCAUGAGCCCUCCGAAAUCGCCGCUGAACGCCGCCACUCUCGACGAUGACGAUGCGGACGUCGAGGAGGAAGACGAAGACGAGGAGCACACGAUGAUGCGCAAGAAGCAGACCGCAGCGGACAAGGCCGCUGAAUCCUGGCAAGCAGCCGUCACGGCCAAUCCUAUGACCACUGGCCUGGUAUUCAAUUACGCGCGCAACAUCUUUUCCGGGAAGCCGGCGAAUGAAGUCGCGCGGUCGGAAUGGAGCUCCGAAAAUCACUAUGCCGUGCCCGCGGCGGACGAGCCGAAGGCGGUUCGUCUGGAGGUCCAAGCCACCGUCGGCGUUGACCUGUCCGUUGGCUGGAACAUCGAGGGCACGCGAAAGGUCGGGGAUCUGACUCGCAUGGGAUUAGGAGUUGGCUUGCAAGGAAACCACGGCUUGGCCUUGACGGUCUCAUGGGGUCGAUUGGGCCAGAGAAUCCGGCUUCCUAUCACCCUUGUGCCUCUGGAGUCAGUCAACAUGGAUCUCGCCGCAAUGAUGGUCCUUCUGCCCUUCGCGUCGUACUGCGCCUGGGAAUUCGGGUUCAUUCGUCCUCGGGACCGCAAGAACCGUCGACGGCUGAUUGCGCGGCGGCAGAAGCAGUUGAAGAAGUCGAUCCCCAAGAAGAGGGACGAGAGUGCGCAGGCCAUCGCCCUGAUGACGGAGCAGGUACUCAGACGACAGGCGAGAGAGGCGAACCAGAACGGUCUGGUCAUCACCAAGGCUGAAUAUGGCCUUGAUUCGUCGAAGAAGGAUCGUAGCAAACGUUUAAGCGGCUACGAGGUUGCCGAUGUCACCAUCCCCGUGGCUGCAUUGGUCGAUCGCGGUCAGCUGGUGAUCCCCAAGAACACGACCAGGUUCCAUAUACUCGGGUUCCACGAUCCCGCACCCCUGUUGCCCAAGACGCUGAAGAUCUGGUAUACCUAUCAUGGCAAGGACCACUACGUGGAGGCGAAUGAUGCCGAGGGCAUAGCCUGCCCCAUGAGGACUCAUUUGCUUUGAUUGUGUUUUUUAUAUAGUAUUUUGGAUUUUUUGGUGAUCUUUUGCUUUUGUAUACCAAUUAGAUACUCCAUUCCGCUCUUGUUCUUUGGCAUUUGUAUAAAUAUUUGCAUAUCACCAAUAUUGGCUACGAUGGUCU